AGUAUCGCGCCGAGCGCCGGGGGAGAACGAGCUGUCGCGCGUCGGCUGGACUCUCCCCCUGUGUAUCGCACUUUUCUCUCCAACAUCUCUCUGUAUUCCUAUACGUACACCUUACACCGCGUUUCAAUCGCGUACCGGUGUGACGAUGAUUCUCAGCGAUAGCUUCGAGACCCGUCGAGCUUGCAGCUGAGCUUGCGGAUAUCAACAGGUUGAGAGCGCGCGGAUAGUGCAGUGUGUUUUAGUGUGAACUCUAAACUAGAUUUCUUUUACUUUUCCUUCUUUUUUUUUUGCAUCGACUCGGGACUAGAUACCCUGCGAUGGAAGAUUUCGAGACAAAGUGAUACGAUUCGAAUGCGGAACGCGUUGGGUAAUUAGCCGACGAGGAGAUUACCUCUCGCGAGAGAUGACUCGCCGGGAUGCGAUCCGCUGGAUCAAUCGAUGAGCUCGAAAUGUCGUGGCGCCAAAGGAAGUACCAUCCCGGCGCCGCGUGUACCUUCGCUACUGCCAGAGCUUGAGGAUAUUCCAAGCUUAUGGUAUGGCGACGAACGGCUUGGAAUGCGGCCAGAGGAAGCUCCUACCGACGACGCACCGUUAGCAAACGGCUCGAAAGCUCCAAGACCGAUGCGAUGUGAGGUCGUCGCCAGACGGACCACAGCGUUCGGCGCUUCGUCCUCCUAAGCUACAUACGAAGAAACCACGAGAACAAACCAAGAAAAAUGGCGACGAGCAGCAGCAACACGAGCAGCCCAGCCAUGAGCUUCCCAAAGUCACCGAAGAGUCCGCGUCAGCUGCCUCAGCUACCUGGUCAGCGGAGCCCCAACAAUCAGCUGUCCAUCAGAUCUCCGAGCACACCUCGAGUCUUCGAGUUUCCACCCGAGUUCUCCUCCGGAGGACAAGCCGCCGCCGAGACACCCAACACCAAUUUCGACUUCGACGACUUUGCGCGCGCGGUCGAUGCCAAGAGCCCACAGGAAUUCUCAGCGCCGAAAAGCCCGAGUCUCUACGGCAGCAGCUCGUCGGCGGGUCCGAAGAGCCCGAGUAUAUUCGGCGGUAGCUGCGGCACUCCGGUGACGUGCACCUCGAAGAGCCCGGGCACGGCGUCGCCCAGUCGAGCCAAGUCGCCGAUCUUCCAGUUCUGCAACCCCCGUCGCAACAUCAGCAAGACACUGAGCUACCCGCCGAAGUCGCCGCUCUCGCCGAGCGUCAGCAUCCACAGUCAAGCCUCGAGUUCGCUCAAGUACGUCAGCGGACCCAAACAGAUCGAGCGACGGCGCAACUCGAGCUUGAGCUCGCCGAGCAUAGUCACGCCGCCGGGGAGGACGUCACCCAAACCUCAGGACUCGCCGGAGCUGGAGAUGAGGGAGAGCAACAGUCCUGGCAACCCCCUGGGGAAGAUACAGGGGAACGCGUGGAACAGGGAGAGCCUGAAGAUGCACACGAGGCAGGGGAGAACGACGGGGUACCUGAACAAGAGCCAGGGCUGUCUGAACGAGGCUGUCAAGAAGGAGGUCAGGAGUGGAACGUCGGUCAAGAGCGAGAGGAACAUGUCCAGGAAGUCCACCAGUGAUCUGACCGAGCUUAACGAUGCCGAUACGGAGGUUACCAUUCUGUCCAGUCCCAGGAGGAGAGGGUCUAUGAAGGGAGGACUGGCCUAUCUCGCAUCUCGGCGCGGCUCACGGGACAGUCAAGCCUCGAAUUUGUCAAACGUCAGCAAUGAGGAAAUCGGCCCGCUCAACUUCAGCGCUCACCCCCGUGUCCGACAAAGGAGAACGUCGAAUUUCCUCGAGUUGCCAGUGCCUGAUCACAUACGACCGCGAGUCCACAGUCUGCCGGAAAAAGCGUACAAUCCUCGAGCGGGAGACGACUUGUACAGACUGAGAGCAUUUAGCAUAACCCACAAAGGAGUCGUAAAUCGAGGCGACUCCAUCAUCUCAAGACGAAGUAGGAGCAAUACGUCCGUUAAUAGCAGUAGAAACAGCAACGUGUCGGGCGAACGAUCGCCGUUCGAGGGCAGCUGCUGCAGUGGUCAGGGCGUCGCAGCCGACAGCACCGAGAGCGAGGGAGAGGAGGUCACGAAAUACCGGGUCGUGCUACUCGGCGAUUCCGGUGUCGGCAAGACAGCCUUGGUAUCCCAGUUCAUGACCAGCGAGUACAUGAACACCUACGACGCCAGCCUUGGUAAGUUGGACGAUGAGUUUGGUGAAAAGACCGUUUCUAUUUUGCUCGACGGCGAGGAGUCGGAAAUGAUCUUUAUCGAUCACCCUCACGUUGAAAUGAGCUUGGAAAACUCGCUCUCGACUUACGAGCCGCACGCCUGCGUGGUCGUCUACUCUAUAGUAUCGCGCCCCAGCUUCCAAGUCGCCGAAGAAAUGCUCAACUACCUCUGGCGGGAGCAUUACACGCAAGAGCGCUCCGUCAUCGUAGUUGGCAACAAAUCCGACCUCGCCAGAAGUCGCACGAUCUCCGCGAACGAGGGAAAGCAUCUGGCGACGUCUCGCGAGUGCAAGUUCAUCGAGACCUCCUCGGGCAUUCAGCACAACGUCGACGAGUUGCUGGUCGGUGUACUGAAACAGAUUCGACUUCGCGAAUCCCGUGACCGUAAGCUCCGCCGACAAGGCAGUAAAGGCAAGAUGCUUUCAAAGCUGCACGGCAGCAAGACCGCCCUCAGCCUCAACCUGGCUCGCGAGAUUCUCAACAAGAUGUGCUUGAACGACAGCAAGAGCAAGAGCUGUGAGAAUCUGCACGUCUUGUAAGGGAUGGAACUUGACGAUGGGCUGCUACGUGCCGCGAAUGAGGGAUUUUCUGUUUUUCCGAUUCGAAAGCUCGCGCGCGGCUGUGUGGUAGAAAGCUUUCGCAUGGAAUUUUUCCAGUGAAACCCGUGGGGGGAAAUGAGUGGGUUACCCGAGGAAAAUGAUCGAGUGGGAUAUUGUUUUCCGACGCGUGAAGAGUAUGCGAAUCGUUUUAUUUGCGAAGAUUCUUUUUUGGAGAACACUCAGAUAUAUGGCAUCUUUGGUUAAGUAAAAUAUUUUUAGCUGGGUAAUUGUACACUCGGACUCGACCGAAAAUUCCGAGAAGCCAAGCUUCUCGUUGACCUUAAUUUAUCGCCGUUCUUGCAAAAAAAAAAAAUAUAUAUAUGUUACUCGAGAAAACAUUCCUUUGUUUACUUGCAAUUACGUUGUACCUUAAAAAUGGAACGAUCACUGCGUUGUUGUGAUUUUUAUAUAAAGUCAAGAAUCUCGAGCUUGAGAAAGCUUCCUCCGGUAUGUAGGCCUUUAUAGGAACCACGUGUAAGUCAGAUUUGGGUUAGGUAAAAAUAACCUUUUCAUUUUACUUUUUCUUUCUCCUCGCGAAAUGAGAAUUGGCAGAGGUUCAAUUUUCGUUGCCAUGUCGGGAUUUUCACUCUACACGUGCGCCUGAUAUUUCAUAUAAUUUUGGUCUGUCGUAUUCCGAAAACAAUUUAUUUACGCAAAAUGAUCAACGCGAACUGCUUAUAUAACACUGAUAUAAUGAAAUAUCAGAGUCGAACCACUUUUCUACUUAUUUUUACUUUGUGAGUAAUAUUUUAUAAUUGAGUUAAUUGUAGUUUUUCAACUUAUAUUUUUAAACUUUGUAGAAGUGAAAUUUCUUUCUUUAUUUUUCGAAAGACUGAUAUAUACUGAUCUUUGUGAGGAGGUACACUACAAACAAUUUUGGAUGGUACAAUAUGCUCGUAAUGCCGUUUGAAGUAUCGUUUGUAACACCUAUUGUAGUUCAGAACCUACAGUGUCAACUUGAAAUUCGAUAAUUGUAUUUCAAAGAAACUAAAGACUUGUUUAUCAAUUCGCGUUACCAUUGCAAGAAUGCUUUUUUAUUUGAAUCCUUAAUUGUUACUAUAUUAUAUAUUAAGCUAAUAUACGUACUAUAAAAAUGAAAUUAAAAAAUCAUGUUAUAACUGAAAGUAAAAAUUACUUUCCAUGUUUUUCUACUGAUGAUCUUUCGCAAAAUAAUAUUCUAAAAAAACCAUUCGUUAUUUAGACAGCUGUUGUAUAGCUUAUUCUCGAAAAUCGAUUUACGUUGUGUAUAGGGACUAAGUACGGCUUGUGCGACGGGACGGCCGUUAGUCUGCAAUGCAGUGAUUUGACUAUUCAUUAGUUGUGAGACGUAUGCUAAUCACCAAUUACCUAAUGUGUCGAUGUAGCGUAUAAUUGAGAAAUAUAAUUAAAGCACACUUGUUCUAAAGCGAAGAUUUCCUAGCAUCGCCGAGGAUUGAAGCAUAUUAGACGCGCUCAAAUUAGAAUUAAGGAAAUGAUAUAUAGUUAUUAUAUAGUUAUAAAAGCAAAAGUGUAAACAAAAUGAAAAAAAAAAUUAAGAUGGACGCUGGUUUCGUUCUCUUCGACGCUGGUCGUCUCUUAUCUUUAUAUACUGUACAUUAAAAUGCCAUAUGCGAUAUGUAUUAGGGGAAUGGAGUACUGAAUUUUAAGAUGACGCUUUCGAAACCCGAGAAGCUCGCGCUCGGGAAGAUCCUGGGAAAGCGUUACUUACGUAUUCCGAUGUUGCUUUAUUUGUUUUCACUUCACAUCAAAACAUUUUUUCUCAAUAUUCUUGUACGUUGAUGAAUAAACAUUUUGUUGCAAAAAUCUACUAUGCGGAGUCGAAUAAACAUAGUAUUGCAUAAACGAGUGGGAUAAACGGCACUUCCUUAUAUUGUUCAUUGAAAUUUCAUAGCCAGCGCAACAGACCGGAAAAGGAUGAAUUCCCACCCGUGAAUUGGCCCAAUCGAUAACCGCCGUGCUCUUGAAGGGGAAAACCUGAAACAUUGAAGACUACCAUUAUCUUUAGGCUCUAUUGUGGAAGCCUUUACAGCCUUCGUUACAAUUUUAUCGUAAUCAGAAGGUACGGAAUUAUGAAACGUGUGUAUACGAGCAAUUUUUAAUUUAGAAAUAUCGUUAACCGCGAAAAUUGGAAAUUGGAAUUUAGCGAAGGGAAUCCUGAUUGUUUAAUCAAAUCUCUUACAUUUUCAAUUUCAUGAAAAUCGAAUUUCCUCUGCAUAUUUAUACUCGACAUAUACACAGGACCGCCACCUCAAAUUAAGCAUAUUGUUGACCUAGUAUUUCGGAAGCAUCGCUAUCCGGAAAAAGUAGAGCGAAAGCAUUCCGCGAAAAUGGAAUAUUUACAAUGUAACAUCGAGUUUCGCAAGUGUACUGUACUUUCUGUCAUCAAAAUGUUAAUUCAACGUUCGCCUUCGAUUUCGGUAGUUUAUUCGAAAAAAGUAUCGCUGUAAAACUAACUUAUUAGCAUCUUGAUCAAACGUAAAAGCGAAAAAAGACGACUUAAAAUCAGUACUACAUUUCCACUUUAAUCGUAAGAUUAAAAGACUCUCGUAUCCGAGCGUUCUAUAUAGAUAAGUCUCCCUAUCGGUUCACGCAUACAUAUACAGACACACAGAGACAUCCUUAAAUUCUGCAAAGGCGCCCCUUUCUCCGCGACACAAUUAUACAUGCGCGCUGCGGGAGAAAGAGACAUCCAGACACAGAUGCGAGGGUGUAUAUCGCACCCCCGAAGCGAGAGAGAGACUAUAUACUAAGUACCCGUCGUUAAAAUGCAAACAUUCCGCGCCUGUUUUGCAUCCAUCUCGCGUAUAGAAAAAAGAUUCCCCUUCCCGAGGCGCUAUAUAUACUGGCUUUUAGCGAUUUAUACGACUUCGCUCCCUUCGCCCGAGAAUAAGACCGGGAGAGAUCGUUAAGGUAGUCCUUGUGUCUGCUUGAGCUUUUUAUGAGCUUCGAAGCGUUUAUUUGAUUUUUUUUUUUUUAUUUCUCUUUAGUUUCGAUCUACGCUCUUUAUAAUGAUUGCAGUGCUCACACGUCGAGGGCUACCUUUAGAUCGUCUCGGUUCGGCUUACUAUCGAGAAUCUAUGAAACGGCAACAGAUAUUUAAUUAAUUAAUAGGACCACAGAAAAUGAGUAGACGAGGCCUAAUCGCGUAUUACAUGCAACGAGAGAAAUUCGCGUCUUGGUAAAGCUGCUGUCGAGCCGAAAGACGUAAUGCAUUUUUCUCUCUUGUACAGACAAAACUUCUUUUCAAGCUAAAAAGUAGAACAAAAAUUAUAUCACAUGUGCACAUGAAUUUUGUAUAAUUAUGUACACGUUUUAAGAGAAAUAUCGAGUAACCGCUGAGUGGAUUGUAUUUUUAUUCCCUUCGUAAAAAGUUUAAAUUUUAAUAUACACCGAGAUGUGUAUCGUUCUAUAUGUGUACGCUUUUAAGUUAAACGGUAAGUACAACCUGAAUGACCGCGUUCUCGUCGUUAUCCCUUUCAUUCGAUUUGCAACUGAUCUUAGUCAUAAAAGAACGUUUAAUUGCUGGCUGUAUAGUAGAAGGACAUUAUAGAGAAACCGCAAAACUAUUAACCGUUAUUCGUUAAGUAAAGCGAACCUAUUAAUCUUAAGUGUAUAAAGCUGUAGCCGAUACAGAGAAGCUAUAUGCAUCGGAGUGAGGAUAGUGUAGUGUUAAAGGUUCGAUCAAGUGCUGUAAGAAAGAUGAAAUAGUGAGGUAUAAAUAGGAAAAGGAUUAUACAUAUGUUGUACAAUGUAUGCGAGUUUUUUAAAGCCACGCACAUAUCCGAUUGUUUGAUGAAUGUGCCAACAGUGUCGAUGCGCUACUGACACUAUAUUACUGUCUCUACUAUACUGCCUAGAUUCUUGAAUUGAAAAUAUUUGUAAUUUCAUUCUCAACGGCUAUAUUAUUCUACUUUUAUUCUUCUAACGUGUGUGGAUAUUCCGAAAAAAGAGAUCUUAAAUCAAAUAAGCCACAAUGAAGUUUCGAUUGAAUUAAUGAAUUUUACCGAGUGUGGGAUUUGGAGCACAAACAAUGAUUCGAUAUUAAUGGUAAUUAUAUCUUAAUGUGCCUAAUUGAAGACGUACCUAUUAUUCGUGUUGAAUAUCGCACUAAGCGUAUAAUGUAAUUUUAAAUGUAAAAGAAGCCCCGCAUAUUUAAAAAAAUAAGAUAAGAUUUAUUUGAUUUAAGAUUUUUUUAACUUUCUAUAUGUCAACGUAAAACCUGCCACGUUUGAUGAUAGAAAAUAAAAAUGUAUGUCUAUAUUUUUUUAGAUUGAUUAGUCAAGGGAUUUGUACCAACAUUAUUCCAUGUGUUUGACUGCACCGUUACUAUUUUAUCCGAAAUAAUAAGCUGUAAAAUGUUUCUUACAACAUAUUAUGAUAUAGAACAUUCUAAAUUAGGACAGUCAACAACUAAGAUCGUUAGUCUAGCGUUAUGUAAAUGCAAAACGUGCACAUUAAAUUCUUUGUAAAAUUAGCGAUUAGUUAGAGUAAAAAAAAAAUUAUGAUAACGUCACACGCAGCUUCUUUCAUUAAGCAACGUUUUUACGCGUAUCGAGCGCCAAGGCUUGUGUAUGAAAGAAGUUCGAAUAACAAGACGCAAAAAAGGGAAAAAUCGCAAGCGACCAUUAUUGUAUAUUAUUAAGUUGGAUAUGUUUGUCAUACUGCUAUGUAUCCGUCUAAGGCUGUACUUCCGAAAUAUCUCAUGUAAAUCGAUUGAAAAAAUAUAAAAAAAGUAUAUAAAUAAAUGAAAGAAAAAAUGUAUCGAUAUAAGGAUAAUAUACAUAAUAAUUAUCGACUUGAGCGGCUUAUAUCGCACUUAUAUUAUAAUAUAUAAUAUCUCGACGCAUAUCUGUCCAGGGUGAUCUAUUUUUAUAACGAUUCGUUGACGUCUCACGUGACUCUUCGUUGGCGAUCGUAUAUUGAGCUUUUCUACAAGCUGUAUGUAUAACCGGAAAACAAUUAUUAUCAAAUCUUUAUAUAGCAUCUAAGUUUUAUUCAAUUUUUCAAGCGAUCAGAAGCUGUGUAUGUAAAUUUGAACCAUAUGUGGAACAUUUUCAUCGGGAAAACGGAAAUGAAUAAGGAAAAAAUUAAAAUAUAACACACCCAUAAUUAUAGUUGAUUGUUCUUCAGCGAUUACCAUGAUUUAUGAGUAUAUUGGAUAUGUUUCGCGCGCAAUUUUAACGUUGGCCCCUUACACAUCAACAUGACAAUCAACAUAUUUUUGUAUUGUCUUCGAUGUAUAUGUAGUUAAGUAUUAAAUGGUUCGAGUGCAUGUGCGAAGGAUCUAAAGCAAUAAUCGAUCAAAGAAGGGAGUGUCUGGGAUAAACAUAUGAAUGGCGUUUUUCACCUAGUCGAAAGCUGCGUAAUUUAUAUUUUGGUUUAAUUCUAUUUUUACCAAAUCGAACAAAAAAAUGGUUAGUGAACGUAUGCCCAUUUCAAUUAUAAGCAGUAAUGCCUAAUUUUAACAUCAAUAUUGUAUUUUCGUGUUCUGUAUAAUGAAUAAAGUAAAUUCCAACAAUGA